AUGCUGAAUGACGAGCUGCAAGAAGCCCCAAAUGCACCACCGGACCCAAAGAGGGUAGAACUUGUUGCAUCAAAUGCAGCGGUCGGGGUCGAACCAAAGGCGGGGGUUGUCGAACCGGACCCAAAGAUGGGAGAACUUGGUGCACCAAAUGCAAAUGCGGUUGUCGGGGUUGAACCAAAGUUAGGGGUGGUCGAAGUUGAACCAAAGGCGGGGGUGGUCGAACCGGACCCAAAGAUGGGAGAACUUGGUGCACCAAAUGCAAAUGCAGCCGUCGGGGUUGAACCAAAGGCAAGGGUGGUUGAAGUUGAACCAAAGGCGGGGGUCGUUGAACCGGACCCAAAGAUGGGAGAACUUGGUGCACCAAAUGCAAAUGCGGCCGUCGGGGUUGAACCAAAGGCGGGGGUGGUUGAAGUUGAACCAAAGGCGAGGGUGGUCGAAGUUGAACCAAAGGCGGGGGUGGUUGAAGUCGAACCAAAGGCAGGGGUGGUCGAACCCGGACCCAAAGAUAGGAGAACUUGGUGCACCAAAUGCAAAUGCGGUUGUCGGGGUUGA